UAAUGUAAGGUGCAGGCACUGGCAGCACAACACGCUGGAGAGUGGCGGUGGAAAAAAAAAACGUUUCCGCAGUUCCGUCAGCUGCUGGCGAGGGUACAUGUUUGGUAAGCGUACACUGUUGGCAUGUUGAAGGCUUGUUUCUGUCGUGUCCCGCAAGAGUAACGAGGUAACUACGUCAGCGCUGCUCGCCCAGUCGUCUGAUAGCAGGAGCAACAUGAGUCUGAACGAGCACUCGCUGCAAGCACUGUCCUGGAGGAAGCUGUACCUGAGCCGGGCUAAACUGAAGGCUUCCAGCCGGACAUCUGCUCUGCUUUCUGGAUUUGCUAUGGUGGCCAUGGUAGAAGUGCAGCUGGAUAACAGCUACCCAUACCCGCCUGCUCUCCUUAUUGCCUUCAGUGCCUGCACCACUGUGCUCGUGGCUGUCCACCUGUUCGCUCUGAUGGUCAGCACCUGCAUUCUGCCCAAUAUAGAAGCAGUGAGCAAUGUCCACAACCUCAACUCUGUGAAAGAGUCUCCACAUGAGCGAAUGCACCGACACAUUGAACUGGCAUGGGCUUUUUCCACAGUUAUCGGCACUUUACUCUUCCUAGCUGAGGUGGUUUUACUCUGCUGGGUCAAAUUUUUGCCUGUCAAGCCCAAAUCCAGCAAUAAUACAGUGUCAGCUGGUGUGGCUGCUGCUAUAACCUCCACGUCUAUUAUGGUCCCCUUUGGUUUAGUCUUCAUAGUCUUUGCUGUGCAUUUCUACCGCUCCUUGGUCAGCCACAAGACUGACAGACAGUUCCAGGAGCUCGAGGAGCUCUCUAAUCUCACCAGGCUACAAAACGAGCUGGACAACAGAGGGGAGUCUUCCAUCUUGCAGUCUCCAAGCUCACAUUUCCCAUAGUGAAGUAUGGUAGAUGUGCACUUAUGAAGGAACUCUGACUGCUUGGGAUGUCUCCGAGCCAGAAGCUAUUAUUGGCUUCCUUUUUUUUUUUUUUUUUUAACUUUACAGGAAUGAAGAUGUCUCACUUCUUUGUUGUGAAUUUUACUUUUGUGGAAAGAGUUGUAUUUUUAAAAAAAGAAAAGUUUGAUCAACUGUGAACUCACAAAUCUGCUGUAAUGCAUGUGACUUGAAAUUGGGGAGUCUUAGGCCUAAUUGAAGUCUUAACUGUGGUAGCUGCUUAAAUGUAUCUGUCAUGGCAGAGACAUCUGAAUAACUUGGAAUCCUGUCUGUUGCCUGCUGCAUUUACGUGCCUGUUUGUCAGUGAACACUGCGUUUGUUAAUAUAUCGUUGUGUUUUGUAAACCACAAGUAUUUAAUUCCUCCUAAUUCACUCUGUACAUGAUUUCUUGUAACGUUCACCGAUUGUUUUUGUAAUGCUUGCUGUGUGUGAAGACUGACUCAACAGCUGCUAAACUACAGUAUUAUUAGUGUAGUGUAUUUGCUGACAUCUGUAGCUCAGGCUGUGGUGUUAAAAUAAACACUUUUUUAAUCAA